AUGUCCAUAAUAUAUUUAUGGUCUCAAUAUUAUAGUGAUAGAAUUGUGAAUUUUAUAUUUGGAUUAAGAUUCCAGGGGAAAUAUUUUCCAUAUGUAUUGGUAGUAUUUGAAGCAUUACAGAUGGGCGGUGGAUUACCAUGGGAAUCAAUAAUAGGAUUAUUUACAGGUCAUGCAUACCAUUACUUGACUGAUACUUAUCCUGCAAAUGGUGGACCAAGACUCCUGACUACUCCAGGAUGGCUCUAUUCGAUAUUCCCAUUAUCAUCUACACCAACUUCAACGACUUUUGGUACAGCAUAUCCUGGUAGACUUAGUCAACAACAACAACAAUCUUCUAGAGUUGGCGGAAAUCCUGCUAGUGCAACAACGACAAGAUCAUCAACUAGCUGGGGAAGAGAAACCACACAAGAAUUUACGCUUUUAGAACUUGCAAAAUAUAAUGAAAAAGAAUUAUAUCUCUGUAUCAAAGGAAAACAUCCAGGAGGAGAAGAAAUUUUACGUGAAGUAGUAGGUACAGAUGCAACCCAAUCUUUUGAAGAUGUCGGACAUUCUGAUGAGGCUCUAGAGCUUUUGAAAACUUUUGAAAUUGGUGUGCUAAAGGAAUGGUAA